CAGCUUACAGCAGCAGCAGCAGCAGCAGCAGUAGUAGCAGCCAGCCCGACUUGUGCUACUCGCUGCGGCAUUGAGAGACUGCCACACGACCAGUACUCGAUAAUAACCCAAGUACUUAUUACAGCUGCACCGAUAGUUUUGCUGCGUGCCCGCGUUGACAAUUCUUAAAGAUCGCACCUGUGUGACUUUGGUGUGUGUGUGUGCGUCGUGCGUGCCUUCUCGUCUCACUGUCUUGUGCCGAAGUUGAACGCGACGUCUCCUCUCGUCAGCUGCGCCGCCCGAGGUAUACAAAACGAAGAGAGAGAGAAACACACAUCGUCGUCGUCGUCGUCGUCGUCGUCGAAGAGUCGUAAUCCUAUAUAGAUCGCCAACGACAACUACUACACACUCACCGACACAAUGUCCAACAAACCAGAACAAGUGCUUAUCAUCGAGCCGGAGAACGAGCUUCGAUUUAGGGGUCCAUUUACAGGAGCCCCAAUCGCUUCGUAUAUGAAAUUGACUAAUCCAACUAGUGAUCAAAAAGUAUAUUUUAAAAUUAAGACCACAGCUCCAAAAAGAUAUUGUGUAAGACCAAACUCUGGUCUUAUCAAACCAAAAGAAAUAAGUGAAAUUGCAGUGUGUCUUCAACCGUAUGACUUUGAUCCAAAAGAAAAAAAUAAACACAAAUUCAUGGUUCAAACGAUUGUUGCUCCAAAUGAUGAUCCAGAUGAAGAUCUGACAGAAAUUUGGAAAGAUGUUAAGCCUGAUCAGUUAAUGGAUACAAAAUUAAAAUGUGUUUUUGAGAAUCCUACUAAUAAUACCUCUACAUCUUCAACCAAAAGUAAGACAGUUAAUUCAGGAGGCAAAUCAGAACCACUUGCAAUCGAUGACAAAAGCAAGGCUACUGGUGAUGCACUGAAAUCAUCACCAAAACCUGUUGAAGCUGAAGAAAAAUUGUUGAAAGCUGCACAAGAAGUUCACCAAUUGAGGGUGGAAGAAAGUACUCUUAGACAAGAAAAUUUGAUGUUGAAGGAGGAAGUUUUGAAAUGGAAAAAUGCUGCUUUGGGAAAAGAUGUUAGUUUUGCUUCAGUCUCAGGCUUGACAUCACACCAUCAUCCCAGCAACCCUAUGUCAAUGUCUACCACCCAAAUCAUCAUUGCUGUAGCCAUGGUUUUGGUUGGAUUUUUGCUGGGAAAAAUGAUCUGAAAAGUCUUUAACUUACUGUAAAACAUUGACACGUUUCACCUCCUUUAAUUUUCUUCAUUUUUAUUAGCCUACUCUAUUUGACAUUCUAAAUACCAUUGCACUACUAUAUGAAAAUUAAAAACGAAAAUUCAGUUACAGAUUUAAUGAAUUUAAACGGUCAAUAAGUUGUUUGUAAAAGAAUUAUUGAUUUUUAUAGUGGUAUAGUGAGAUGGUCAACAUGAGAUACUUACACAUUUUUGCCAAGCCAAUAUUCGACAAUGGCGGUUGAGAAAAAGGAAAUCCUUUUAUGAGAAUUUCAAAGCUAUAGUAUUAAGGUGAAUGUUUACAGUUUGUUUCGUUUUUGUUCUUGGUGUUAUGAAUUUAAGCAAAAUGUGAGUGAUUUAUCAUAGACUUGUAAAUGUUUUUUUAAAACAGUUGAGAGGACUAAUUAUUAAUAAAUCUUUGAAAUUUA